CGGCCGCGGCGGGGCAGGGCGGGGCAGGGCCGGGCCGGGAGCGCCUCGCCGCCAGGGGCGCGGGCUGCCCUCGCUCGGCGCCCGCCGCCGCCCCGCGCCCGCUGACAGCCGCCCGCAGCCCACAGCCGCCAUUUAACUCUGCUGCCGCCGCCGCCGCCGGGCAGCGAGCGCCGCCCGCCGCCCCGGGCAGCGCCGCUGGCGUCUCCUCCACGGGAAGCACCGCGCUCCAUCCCCGACCCGCCGGCCGCUCCGGCCGCGCCGCCCGGGCGUGGAGGUCCCGGGUCUGCCCCUGCUCACGUAUUCCCCGUGGUUGCCUCUGCCCUGGAGGCAGCGGCCGUCCCGCCCGGAGCUCCAGCGCCCUCGAAGUGCCGGGAGCACCGGCACGGGCAGCAACUGCCCGCGUUCCUCACCAGAGUCCGUAAUAGGCGAGGCACGAUGUUCCUGCUGUGAUGCUGCGCCUGCUGCCGGCAGCCGGGGGAGUUCGGGAGCGGCUGUCCCUGGAGGCAGGCUGGCUCCCCACCGCCCUCCGUCAGCAGCCGCCCCUCUCCCGAGGCACAAGGUGUUCUUGGAAAACGUGCUGGCACUUUGGAGCUGAAAAAGGACAUGAGGAGUAAAAAGACCCAGGAUCUCACUGAUCAGAAUGAAACAGAUGUUGAAAGAUUUUUCAAAUCUGUUGUUAGUAGUGCUCUGUGACUAUGUUCUCGGCGAAGUGGAGUAUCUCCUGUUGGAGCACCCGGAUCAUGUAGCCUUCAGCAAUGACACAGUGUCUGUGGAAUAUCAGUACUACAGUGGUGGUAAUGUGACAGCAGAGCAUGUGUCCAUCCUUUUACUGGAUGCCAGCACCAAUGAGAUAAUUGCAAGAAAACAGCUUCCAGCAAAUCAGUCCCAGGGGACGGUGGUAUUUGAGUGUUUCCAUUUCAAGAGUGCUGGUGAUUUCUUGUUCAGAAUGGUCUCUCUCAGUGACAACAGCAGUGCUGCCCAGUGGAGCAGAAGCAGCAUGUCCACCCUCCAUGUGGAAUGGCCUGUAUUUCACAUUGAUUUGAACAGGAGUUCAGAGGUGCUUGGAAACUCCCUUCAGGUUGGACUUUUUACGAAUGAGCAGUUAUGUGCCAUGAACAAGACUGUGAUUUCACUUGAUGUGAUAUUCACCAGUACCCUUUAUGAAUUCAGAAGAGUAAGCUCUGAUGAGACUCUGGGCAUUAGAACUAGCAAAAGAAUCCUCCUGUCUAGGUCCCAGUGGGUAGAGUUUGAUUGCCCACCUGUUGGUCAAGAAAUAUACAUCACUGUGGUACUGAAAUCAUUAGAAACACAUUCCAUCAUUGCCUCCAUAGGACCUGUAGAUCUCCUUCACAAAUUUGGAUACAGACUGGUUGUGACAGCAGAAGACACAUGCAAAACUUCGGUUCAGGUCUUUGUAAUCUCUCCACCGUGCACUUCUAUCAGUGGAAAAAUUGUUGUUUAUAAGGAGGCUCUCAAGCAUUCGAGUCAAAGAACAACUUGGCUGUAUGAGAACAUCCUUCACCCAGGAGACAACAGGACAGAAUUUAACUGCUCUUUGUUUGAUGUGGGGAAGAACAAAUACUGCUUUGACCUCCUCAAUUUCUCAAACCGAAGCUAUUUUCCAGCAAGAGUUAAGGAGUGUAUGCUGAUCCAAAGGAACAUGGAAACGUGGAGCCGGUGGCAGCCCUGGAGCCCGUGCAGUGUCACCUGUGGGGACGGCAUCCGGGAGCGCUUCCGAGAGUGCCUCACCUCCUCGCCCACAAAACCAGGCUGUGCUGGAUCGCCGAGGGAGAGCUCCCCGUGCUCGCUGGAGGAGUGUGCAUGUGCCACAGGUGGAUUAGGGAAGGAAAGAUGCCCAGGAACUGUGCAAGCUCCUAGGAUCUCAGACCAUAAUGUAACAGCUGUCCAGCCCCCCACCCCACCUUCUGUUCAGCCAGGAGAGGACCAGAAAGCAAAUAAUAUAGUUACCAUCACAGGUAUCUCACUGUGCUUGUUCAUCAUCUUUGCCACUGUUCUUAUCACCCUCUGGAGGAAGCUCUGCAGAGCUCAGAAAUGCCGCGCCGCUGUCCAACGAAACUCCGUCCAUUCCCCCGGCUUCCGGAAGAACUCCGACGAGGAGAACAUUUGCCAAGGCAGCAAGCAACGGGACAGCUUUGCUGAAGGGGGGGAUGCCCCUGUUAACAUUCCCCUAACCUACAGGCGAAGCCUCCAAUUUGCCCAAGAAGAUGAUGUCUCUGGAAGUGAAAACUUUCAGCCAAAUGCCCAAAAAAUAAUCCCUCCAAUUUUCAGCUACCGCCUGGCACAGCAGCAGCUGAAAGAGAUGAAGAAGAAAGGCCUGACAGAGACCACUAAGGUGUACCAUGUGUCUCAGAAUCCUCUCACGGACACGGUUCUUGGUGCCACCACAAUGCUUCCCCUGAGCGGGGAGAACCAAGAGGAGGCAGCGGCAAACAAAUUUCGGAUCAAAUCUCCAUUUCUGGACCAGCCAGCCAGUCAGCCCAAGUUCCUGGGAGAAGGCUCUCACUCUAGGCUGGAUUUUCCAUUCUCACAGGCUAAUCCUGCAAUGAGCCCUACCCAAACCUUGGUAAGAAGAGGUCAUUCCAAGCACCAGGAUAACAGAGUGGACUUGCCUGAGAGGGGCUGUCACAGAAACUCGCAGUUCAGAAGAACAGCCAGUUUCCAUGAAACUAAAAAGGCCAGGCCUUUCAGAGAGAGAAGCAUGUCCACUCUCACACCCCGACAGACUCUCUACAACUCUAGGACCAGGACGUGGGACCAGGGUCUGGAGGACAGGACACGGCCAAAAUCAAGAAACGCUAAUGCAGCUUGUGAAAAGCUGGAUCAGCCCCACAGCACUGUGCUGGGGUGUGAGCCACAGGGCCAUGGUGCAAAGCCCCACCACAGGGCAGGUCCCCCGGUGAGGAAGCUGGACCUGAUCACAGACCGCCAGCCUGGCAGUCAGGAGAAGGCAGCUGAGAAGCCUGAGCCCAGCCGAAGUAAGAGGGGCCCCUCACCUAAUCCCAAAGGUGUGUGGCGGAAAGAAACAGGCUCAAAUGGCAAAGAUAAUUCCCAGAGAGGCCUAAGCGUCAGCCCUGCCCAGUAUCGAAGGGACAAGUGCCAGAACUUCCCCUUGGACCCUGAGUUUGCCUUUUAUGACAAUUCUACUUUUGGCUUAACGGAGGCAGAGCAGCAGAUGAUCGACCUCCCUGGGUAUUUUGGCUCAAAUGAAGAAGAUGAAACAAGUACCCUGAGCAUUGAGAAGCUGGUGAUCUGAGUGACUCAUUGUGGCCCUGCAGGAGUGGCAUGCGUGGGAGAGGAUCUGCAGGAUGGGUUGGCUUCUGGUGUAAGAAAGAACAGGAAUCACGUUACCUCCACACACAGCAGGAGGGAAUAAUGCCCCAGGUCUGGCUUGUGGGAACAUAUUCCUUUCUAAUUACUGAAAAAUGCAUUCAUAUAAUUAUUUUUCAUAUGUAUGUGUGUACAAGACACACAAAGUACCCUGGGAAAGAACGUGUUAGUUAAGGUGGGGUGCAGGAAUAGCCAAUAGAUUUUAUUGUGUAAAGCAGUCAUGUUUUGUGCAUCAUACAUGAUGAGUGCCACUGACAUUUCCCACCUUGUGGACUGUGUCCUGGUAGACUGUGAGAUACUGACACAUCCACUGUCCAGCACCCUCAACCAUCUGCCCCGAUUUGUGAAUAAUUUCCCAUCUAGAAAGCACAAACUGUGGGCAGUUUUCAUCAGUUUUUCUGAUAGUUAUCAGUGAACUUGGUUGAUUUGUCAUUGUUGCUCAAAUAACUUGUGUGGUGGGGCGGUUUUAGCUGGUUGCAUGAAAGUGCAAACAACUGAUACUGAAUACUUGAGUGAAUUUAAAAUUGAGGAGGCAUUUUCAUCAUUCAAGACUUUGAUAUUUUCUUACUGUCAAUAUUUAUAUCAAGAAAACAAUGAACAAAUAUUUGCAGGAAAUUAGUACAAAAGGCAUGCUACAGGGAGGGCAAGGAAAACAGAUGACCAGAUUUUAGUCCUCACAGAAAUGUUACCAUAGCAUGUUACCUGUAAAAAGCAGUGAGAGAACUGUUGAAUUAUGCAUCCUUUCCAUAGUCAUCUUUUCCUUCAUUAAAAUUUUUACAUGUAAAUAUAUUGACAAUAAUACUACUAUGGCAAGCUCAAAAUAAAUUAUGAUCAAAACCAACAAGCAACAAGAUUAUUUGAUUAAUACCUGUUCUGGGAACAA